AUGAGCGGUUUCAACGAUCUUUUGAAGAAGGGUGAGGAGGCCAUUGGCAGCAAGGACGGUAAGGGUCCUGACCUCAAGAACCUCCAGAAGGAUGCCCAGCAGGCUUACGACACCUUCAACAAGACUGAGGGUUCUACCACUGACAAGGCCAAGGCUGCCUACUCUGAGUACUCCAGCAAGUCUGGUAAGGCUUCUGAGGAGGAGACUUCUGAGAAGAAGGAGAGAUUCACCAACGCGACGCUUGAGCUCAUCCUAGGCGUGGAUGAUCUGCUCUUUAAGAUCAUUAGCUUCAAGGGCUCAUACGAUUAUGGUAUUACGGUAAACGUGUCGUUAGCCAGCUACGGCUCGCUACUAUCGCAGAGGAGGAUAGACUUUGAGAGGAAGUUGGCACAGUUGGAAGAGGUGGACCCUGUCAACCUAAAGGAUGUUGCGGUGGUGCAAUCGCCAGUCAAGUUAUCAGGAUACCGUUCGCCCAGUACUUCUCCAACAAAGAUAACCAAGUUCAAGCAAAUUGACGGUUUAAAGAAUGACCGCUCAAAGUUUUCUUUUAAAGAAAAGAUUGGUGCUGUUGAGAGUUCAAAGGCGAACGGGUUGUCCUUGCUCGAACGUAUCAAACAAAAAGAACGUAUGAACUCGAAACUUGAUCCUAGUGAAAUUCAAGACAUAAUUCAAGGCAUCGAAAAGAAAUUGGGUGCAGAAAGGCUACAACUUAUAGAAAGAAGCCAUAAUAAGGUCAUCAAGGUGUUUGGUCUUGAUAGAGAUGAUGAUCUACGGCUACUCGGAAAACGCAUGUAA